UUGGCGACGUGUUUGACCGCUCAUUCUUUCAAUCCUUGUGAUCGUUAUAUUAUUUAUCUUUAUGCUCCAAGAUGGAGCAGUAACUUAAUAUGCUUCCUUUGCAAACUUGGAAAGGGCUGCUGUUUGGGAAACUGACCACCCUGGUGAGGCAUCUCAAGUCUGAGCUCAGGGCUCUGUCGACUUCUCUGGAUCAGAGAGACAAAUUGCCACCUAGGAACCUGAAUCUCUUUCCUAACCUCGCCAAAGACCACACAAAGAUCAUUUUUUAUGUUCAUAACCUCCCCUUAUACCUCAAGUUGGUCGUCCAGAGCCUUGCUGCCGAGGAAGGCAAUGGAGAAACAUUGCUGAUUGUAAGCCACGGCGGAUACUUCCCUGAGAUGGAUAGCAUUGUCCAGGGCAUCCGGUUCUGCCAGAUCAAGCAGAUCUUUGCACCAUAUUCUCCUCCUAAUAGCUUUCCUGGCAUCUCACCUGGUGAUUGCGCUGAUCAGGAUGAUCUUGUUGUAAUGAAGUGCAAUGGGACAGAUGACCGAUAUAGCAAUCACAACAUAGUUUCUUUGAAACAUCAUUGGUGGUGGAUGCUGAAUACUGUGUGGGAUGUGCUGGAUGAAACUAAGGAAUUUACCAGUCACAUUCUUUUCAUCGAAGAGGACCAUUACAUCUGUCCAAAUGCAUACUGGAACCUCCAUCUUCUCAAUAGGAUUGAAACCCUUAAUAUGCCCCUACUGUUAUGUUGCAAACCUGGCUCCAUCAGAUGUGAACUAUAA